AUGGGUCCGAAUCCGGACAGGCUGCCCCGAUUUCGGCUCACAGGUGUGGACCGCAAGAUAGCAAGUUGUACUGGUCCGAGUCUCGCGGCGGAAGGAGCCAUGGAGAGCAAGGGACUUCCCCUCGUCGGCACAAGCAAGACCGCCCCCGUCCCAGCGGUCCCAGGCCGUUUUAUUCCAGAGAAUGCGCCAGGGCUAGCAGCUGCGAAUGACCAUGGCAGGGCAGCAACGGGAGAGCGUGCCGCCAUUGCCAAUCGGUACAGGUACUCGGAAGUUUCGGGGACGAUCAGCACCGUGAGCAGCGAUGGCAGGGACGAUGCGAGCCGCCGCCGGACUGAGGUGAAGAAGACCUCCCACAGCGGAGGCGAGACUGUGCAGGAAACCGUGUAUCAGAUGAGUGGCCUCUCGUGGCAAGUGAGAAGCAUCACUACGAUUGAGAAGAACCGCAAUAAAGAGAUCACCCACAGAGAGACCAAAGAUUCACGAGGAAAUUUGAGGUAAAGCUUCGGUCUCUGUACUGGCUCCAGGUUGGUUCAUCACUCGUCAUCACAGCCACUUUUUGAAAGCGUGACAAGAGUCUGGCAGCCAGUGCUUGCGCUUGGAGUACUAAAUAUUUGACGGCGAUCUUAGCGGUAACGUCCGGGUUCGUGCAUUUUGACCUCGUGAGGCGAGGUAUGGUUUCUGGUGUGGAGCAUGUAAGUCAGCGAAAAUGGCAGUGAUCAAUCCUACAGUUGACAACAUGCAUUCUCAAGGUCGGCUCCGAAAGAUGAGAUUUGUUUAGUGAUUCUGUGUUCAGUAUCACGAGGGAACAUUCUGUGACAGGUUUCUAACAGCUCCUUGGUUGUUCAAGCUCCUAAACCUUCAGGCUCAGUGACGUGAUUUUGUACCAGCAGCUUUUUACACAUCAUCCGGUAAAUAUUACAUAUCAACUAAAAAGCAGGAUUCGGUCUCCCAGAUCAAAUGCAGAUCAUUCGAUGGAGGAAAUAGAAGGUGAUGAUAAACAAUCUGUUUAGUUGGUGUCGAGAUUAGUCUGAAUUGCCGUUGAAAUCCUCGUAACACGAGACUUAGCACGAAUCGUAACCGCUGUUGGUUACCUCCUCGUAAACUCUCGCGUUUUAUAAAACUGAAAAAAUGCAAUACCCGGGAUACCGGAAACUUCUGAGCUUUGUACAAUGUUGCUCUAUUUAAGGUUCAGCAUUUGACUC